AUGACAGCAAGAGACGGACCCCAAGAUAGGUACAAGGCUGUCUGGCUGAUCUUCUUCAUCCUUGGCCUGGGAACGCUGCUGCCAUGGAAUUUCUUCAUGACUGCCAGGGAGUAUUUCAUCAGGCGCCUUGUGGACCCGGAGGAAAUGAGCCACGAUCGGAACCACACUGAUGAGAAGCCCAUCCCCUACCUGCAGUCCAUGUUUGACAACUUCUUGACUCUCUGCGCCAUGGUGCCCCUCCUCAUCUUCACCUGCCUCAACUCCUUCAUCCACCAGCGGAUUCCCCAGCAGAUCCGCAUCUCGGGCAGCCUGGUGGCCAUUGGGCUGGUAUUUUUAAUCACUGCAAUCAUGGUGAAGGUCACCAUGGAGCCUCUUCCCUUCUUCAUCUUUACCAUGAUCAGCGUCGUCUUCAUCAACUCUUUCGGUGCCAUCCUCCAGAGCAGCCUCUUUGGGCUGGCAGGGCUCCUGCCUGCCAGCUACACAGCUCCCAUCAUGAGCGGGCAGGGGCUGGCGGGUACCUUCGCCACUUUGGCGAUGAUCGUCAGUAUUGCCAUUGGUGCCCAGCAACCUGAGAGCUUCAUCGGUUACUUCUCCACGGCCUGUGUGGCCAUUGUGCUGGCAAUCGUCUCCUACGUCCUUCUGCCUCGCAUGGAUUUCUUCCGUUACUACUCCAUGAAGGACAAGACAGAGUACCGUGUGUACAAUGCAGAGCUGGAGACCAAGAGAGACCUGAUUAAGAAAGAUGAGCCCAAUGGGAUGGAGCAGAAUAACUCAAAGAUCAUCCCAAUCCACAACCCUGACGAGAGGCCCUCAGUCAUUGCUAUUUUUAAGAAGCUCUGGGUCAUGGCUUUGUCUGUCUGCUUCAUCUUCACCGUCACCAUCGGCGUCUUCCCGUCCAUCACAGCCAAGGUGUCCACUGUCCUCGGAGAAGGCAACAAGUGGGGUCUCUACUUCAUCCCCGUUUCCUGCUUCCUGCUCUUCAAUGUCUUUGACUGGACUGGACGGAGUCUCACUGCCCUCUUCACAUGGCCCGGGAAGGACAGCUGUCUCCUGCCAGUGUUGGUGGCUCUCCGUGUCAUCUUUAUCCCUCUUUUCAUGCUGUGCAACGUGCAGCCCCGUAACUACCUGUCUGUCGUAUUCUCUCAUGACGCCUGGUACAUCGUCUUCAUGAUCUUCUUCUCCAUCUCCAAUGGCUACCUGGCCAGCCUUUGCAUGUGCUUCGGGCCCAAGAAAGUGCUUGCCCACGAAGCAGAGACAGCUGGAGCCGUCAUGGCCUUUUUCCUGACACUGGGCUUGGCCCUAGGAGCUGCCGUCUCCUUUCUGUUCCGAAUUCUCAUCUAG